GAUGGAUGUUAAACUAAGUGAGAAACAUUCUCUUGUUACGUAUUCUAUUCAUACACUGAUAAUACUAUCUAUAUGUAUGUUCAUGUUAUUUUCUAUCACCGAUGUAUCUAUGAGCUUAUAUGGCAAACGUAACUUUGUACUUAAUGAAUCCAAAGAUGGUACUAUUGCAAAUAUUUAUAAAUAUAAAAGAGACAAAAAGGCACUAAAAUAUCCUGUCAAAAUUGAUCAAACUUUGGUUAAGCUUAUCAACUGGACAGAUCCGGAGUAUCCUUUGGACGUUUCAUACCUUAUAGAGAAUAAAGACCUUUGUGCAUCCGUGAAAAAUUUAACCGUACUUGUAGUGGUUAAUACAGCAACAGAUCACUUUGGUCGGAGGCAAACUAUCAGGAAAACAUGGACCAACAAUACAUAUUUUUCUCAUUUGGGCACAUUAAGAACUUUAUUUCUUCUUGGUAGGACCGUUGACACAUCUAUUCAAGCGGAUAUAGAAAAGGAAUCUAAAGAAUAUGGAGACAUUUUACAGGGUGAUUUUAUGGAUACCUACUUAAAUCUUACACACAAGGGUGUGAUGGGUUUAAAAUGGCUUAACGAACGUUGUAGAAAUGCAAAAAUGAUUUUGAAAGUCGACGAUGACUUUAUAGUGAAUAUUUUCAUUUACUUUCGAAAAAUUGGCAAGUCCUUGCCUUCAACGCACGUUUACUGUCUCUAUGGGACAGAUGGAGUUAUAAGAGAUAAAGAAAACAAAUGGUAUCUCAGUGAAAAUCAUUUUAAAGGUGAAAAAAUCUAUAGAGAACAUUGCAAAGGGAAAUUUGUAAGUAUGAGAAAUGACAUAAUUCCCUCGUUAUAUAUAUCUGCAAGAAAAACUCCCUUUUUCCCAUAUGACGAUGUUACAUUAUUUGGGUAUGCUAUGCAUAAUAUAAAGGGACUAAGAUAUAAAACACUCGAACAAAAAGACAUGGAAAAUGUUAACAGUCUAGCUAUAACAUGUUUGAAAGAACAAAAGAAUAAAUGUCCCAAUCUUGUUAUUGGCGCACCUAAAAGAAAAGAAAUGGAGGACGCAUGGUUGAUGAUGUUGAAGUUCUUUUCACCAAAAUCACAUUCGUUAUACAUGAAAGUCUGAGCUAAACUUUGAACCUGUCUCAAUAAAUAUACAUUAGUUUAAUGAAUUACAAAUGUACAUGUCGCUGUUCCAGUGGGGAACCCGAAAUCACUUAACUACAUCUCCAUGAAAAAAAUCCGAUCUAUACUAAUGAUAAGCAUAUUUAUAUGAUACUUGUUUCGAAAAGCGUCGUUCAUUGAUAUUGACAUUUAAAAAACAUUGCUGAGUGAAAUGACUUACAUGGG